AUCAAGAACUAACAAGUUCAGCUCAAAUGCAGUUCACGAAUCACUUUAAUAUGUACAUAUGUAUGUAUGCUUGUAUGCAUGUGGUACAGCAGCAAUACUGCAAGGGUAAUUCGAGGCCAAAAACCACGUAGUUGUAGAGGCAGAGUACAACAACAAUAACAAAGAAACAACGACGCAAAAAUAAGUAACAUGUCUGAAACAUUCGAUUACUUAUUUAAGUUUCUCAUAAUCGGAAGUGCGGGCAGCGGCAAAAGCUGUCUCUUGCAUCAUUUCAUCGAAAGUAAAUUCAAAGACGACAGCUCUCAUACGAUUGGUGUUGAGUUUGGGUCGAGGAUUGUGAAUGUGGGUGGGAAACCGGUGAAACUUCAAAUAUGGGAUACAGCUGGGCAAGAGCGAUUCCGUUCCGUCACCCGUUCAUAUUAUCGUGGCGCUGCGGGUGCUCUGUUAGUUUACGAUAGCACUUCGCGGGAUUCGUUUAAUGCUUUGACCAAUUGGUUAAAUGAUGCUCGAACAUUAGCAAGCCCAAACAUAGUUAUAUUGCUAGUGGGUAACAAGAAGGAUCUAGAGGAAGCACGUGAUGUUACAUUUCUAGAGGCGAGCACAUUUGCCCAGGAGAAUGAGCUGAUAUUUCUGGAGACGAGCGCUAAGACGGGUGAGAAUGUAGAGGAGGCAUUUCUGAAGUGUUCAAAGACUAUUUUGGCCAAAAUAGAGACGGGCGAAUUGGAUCCUGAACGCAUUGGUAGUGGCAUCCAGUACGGCGGAGCUGCGUUGCGUAAUCUACAAACAAGACAGCGCAGUAUUAACAAACCCGACUGCACAUGUCGGGUGUAGAUGAUAUAAGGAGUAAAGCUUAACCCGAGUUGUAGGGUACGCACUUCAACAAUAUCUGUGUAUUAGUUUAGGUGAGCAAGUUAAUCUCAUUUAGCCUCCAACUACUUGAUACGAAACCGCGUUAGCCUUAGUUUUAAAUAUAUGUGUAUGUAAUGUAUUUCUUUUCUAUUGUUAAAAAUCGUUUGACUGUAGCUGCGCUGUGUAAUUUGUGGCAUUCCAAAAUGUUGAUUCGUUUCUUUUUUUUUUUUGAUUUAAUGACACCUCACCUUCAAUUGCUGAACUAAUUGUACAAGUUUCUUUCAAUAUGUUAACGUAUAUUAUAUGUAGUAAACUAUAAGCACUCCAACUAUUGUAAACCAGUGGCGGGCCCCAACAAUAACAAGAAUCAUUAAUAACUGGAAUCGUGCAACGAAUCUCUGGAAACUUGCCUAAAUCAUUAGCGAAUGCAAAAAACCAGUUUAUUGAUAAUUAUCAUGUAAUGCGCCCAGCAUUUUGUAAAUAAAAAAUUGUAAAGAAACUUAAAUAAAUUAUGCACGCCGUAAAUAAAAAC